CCCUAAGCUGACAUAAUCAGGGUGCCACUCACAGAUGAGGCGUGGGAAUAACACUACAAAUUAGUCCGUUCCGUGGCAGGACUUUCGAGGUUCACCCUUAGAUGCCUUCCACGACGCGUCCAGCGAAGCCGGGGCCCAGUUCACAGCCCAACGGUCUAAAGAGAUACACAAACGACACGGAAGUCGUGUCUAAUAGAGUGGCCAAGAAACAAAGGGUGGAUCAAACAUCUCCCGGCUCGCACUCCGGGCGUGAUUCUCAUCGAGACAAUAACAAGCGGCGGAAGAAGAAGAAGAAGAAGGUACCGGUCGUAAACCAAAGCGGUCCCUUUGAGAACAAUCCCAUCCCUGCGUGUCCACACCGACAACCUACUUCAAAGACAUCGUUGGCGCGCAACGUGAUCAUACGGUUCUCGUCUGCGGCACCUGAAGUUGACUCGUCCUCCAAGGGCGUUUCAAAGUUACCAACGCCGGAAAUGCCCGCGGAUGCCGUACAAGAGGUGAAAGACGACGCGGGUGAGACAACAGAUAACCCUGUUGUGCCUAGUCUGAAUAAGGAAGCUAACGAUUCAGAGUUUGUUGCCCUACCCGCUACGGUUGCAUUAGAGACUAAGGUAAAGCAACUGACACAGGAACUCGCAACGACGAAUGAUUUGUUGCUAUCCCAUCAAGCACUGCUCAACCAAGUGCAACAGGCCAUUACUUGUCAAAUAUGCCUAGAAUUCAUGCACAAACCAUACGCCCUCUCACCCUGCGGACAUCUCGUGUGCUACGAUUGUCUCGUCCAGUGGUUUAAAGCGCCACCACCUGACGAUCGACUCACCAUUCCUGUUACUUCACGGAAAAAGACUUGCCCUCACUGUCGGGCUGUCAUUCGUAACCGCCCCAUCGAAAUAUGGGGUUUCAAGAACAUCGUACAGUCCGUCUCAAAGAGCAACCUCGUUCGUAACCAAUCUGCUGCUCCCUCUGAUCCUCCAGAAAACCAGAAUUAUAACGCUGAUCCCUGGGCUAAUAUCUUUCCAAGGAUUCCCCAUGGUGGCGAUGACGUCCACAACCCUGCUCGAGGCGAGGAUGUUGGCAUGCUUGACAUAGAGGAUGGUGGGAUAUACCGCUGCUUGACUUGCAUGCACGAGAUUUGGAAUGGUGUCUGCACGGGCUGCGGAUGCGAAUAUCCUGGACACAGGCAUCACGAAGAUGACGACGAUGUAGACCUAGGGUACCUCGUCGAUGACCCCAGCGCCGAGGAGGUGGAUAUGGAUGACGAUCCCGGGUGGAUGGGUUUGGAGGUUGGAGACGCUGAUGACGUGGAUGAGGCGGAUUACGGUACCCAGUUGUUUCCAUGGCAUUUUUUGGCCGACUAUGGUUUGAUGAUGGGCGCUAUGCCCAUUUUUGAUGAAGAUGAAGAUGGCGAGGAUGUUGAAGCAGAGGGUAUCUAUGAGUAUGAGGAAGACGACGGUAGUGAUGAUGAAGAGUACGAAGGAAGCUUUAUCGACGAUGAGGAUGCGGAUCGCCCCCGGAUAUACGAACUUUCAGACGACGAGGAUGCGGAGCGCCCGCGAAUAUACGAAAUUUUCGACGAUGCAGAUGGUCACGACCAGUUGCUGGAAGGCCACUCGUAUCCAGAGGAGGAAGAGGAAGAUCCGGUUCCUCUACCCUCUCGAAGGAUACGCAACCGCACCAUCGUCGUACCCUCAGAUGACGAUGAUGAACAGGAAAGUGAUUUUGCUCCACGAAGUUUCGGCGGUGGUCGACCAAUAGCGGCCAUAUAUUCUGAUGGCUCGGACGUAGACGAUGAUGAUAAUUAUUCAUAUUGAUUCUCGUCAAAGCUUUCCGCGGGUACUUUCACUGUGCAGUUUAACAUAAGAGUACCAGGUAUUCAGUACUUUUACUCUUCAUCGCUUCUCCGACUCUGUACCGACGUCUGUCCAAUUGCGCUCGAUUUCGAUCAUAGGGCAUUGCAAUUGAAUAACGAUUCAAGAGCAAGCUGGCCGGAGUCACCCUUUGGCGAACGCCCGCUCCUCGCCCCAAGACGUCAAAUGAAAACCAUGUGCUGACCAAGGGAUAGGAACUGGGAGGUAAGUAGAUCAGGUAAAUCAGGCCAUGAGUGGCAAGUUAUAUAGUAGCCGCCC